GCCUGGCAACCCUGUUCCUGUCAAAACCUACAGUGCAUGCAAAGUCCUGCUGGAAGACUCACAUUGAAGUUAGGGUCUUUGCACUUGUUAGUAACAUAGCUAAGCUAACCAUGGCAGGCAAGAGGGCACUAGUAAUCCUUUCUAAAGGUGCAGAGGAGAUGGAGACUGUUAUUCCCGUGGACGUCAUGCGCAGAGCUGGGAUUUCAGUGACGGUUGCAGGACUGAUGGGCAAAGAGCCAGUCCAGUGCAGCAGAAACGUCGUCAUUUGUCCUGAUGCCAGCCUGGAGGACGCCAGCAAGCAGGGCCCGUAUGAUGUGGUUCUUCUUCCUGGAGGAAUGCCAGGAGCCCAGAAUCUGGCUGAGUCUCCCGCUGUGAAGGAGGUGCUGAAGGAUCAAGAUGGCAGAAAGGGUCUGAUUGCAGCCAUCUGUGCAGGUCCCACUGCUCUUCUUGCACAUGGCAUUGGGUAUGGCAGCACAGUCACUACACAUCCCGGCAUGAAGGAGAAGAUGAUGGCUGGAGACCACUAUAAAUAUUCAGAGGCUCGAGUACAGAAGGAUGGACAUUACAUCACCAGCCGUGGGCCAGGAACCAGUUUCGAGUUCGCCCUGACGAUUGUAGAGGAACUUAUGGGGGCUGAGGUUGCAGCUCAAGUCAAGGCUCCUCUUAUGUUAAAAGACUGACUGAAGCUGUGGUAACUUGCAUCCUGCUAGCAGUCCUGCCUGCUGUAUACGUAUGUGUGGCACUACUGAGACAGCUAAUCUAAUGUAGCUGACACAAAAAGUCAAAGUCACUAGUGACAAAUCAUUCUCCUGAGGGGAUGUAAGGAUGUUUCUGUUCAGAUAGGUUACUGUCUUCCCUUUGUCAUUCUAAGUUGGCAGUAAAAGGCACCCUUUUGACGUUCACAGGCUUUUAAAAUAGGGGGAAAUCAUUUUUUUUGUGUUGCACUUUCUCCUCAAACUGCAUGCUAAUUAUUUUGACAGCUUUAUUGUUUCACAUUAAACACAAUUGUGAAUAAA